AUGGUUCAACAUUUUCGCGGCUUCCAAGCUGCCGGGAUAAGCACGGAGUCAACAAAGUUUGGAUAUGCUUUAACCGCCAUCGGAGCACGUUAUUCCAUGGAGUGCCGAGACAUCAUCCUAUCACCGCCAGCGGACCAGCCGUAUAGCAUGCUAAAAACCGAACUCAUCAAAAGGAUUGGCAUAUCCCAGGAACACAAAACAAGGCAACUCCUAGAGCAUGAAGAGAUUGGAGAUCGCAAACCAUCUCAGUUCCUGAGAUACUUGCAAAGUCUUGCAGGAAAGGCAGUAGGCGAUGGAAUGCUUCGAACCAUUUGGUUGAAUAGACUUCCUUCGUACGUGCAGCCGCAUUUGGUCAUACGGACGAACGAAACACUUAGCCAAUUGGCGGUUACAGCCGACACCAUCAUGGAAGCCACUAAGGCUCCAACCCCCCAGAUCGCAGAAGUAACCGCAAGCCAGAGCGAAAUCCAGAAGCAGAUAGAGACACAGCGGCGAGAAAUUCUUGAGCAAAUUGCCACCUUACAGAAGUCCAUGGAGACGAUGAAAGUGUCAAAUCGCAUCAGAGAUCCAGAUAGACAUAGAACAAGAUCUCGUUCACGUUCCACAAGCAGAGGGAGACUCUCAAGUAGUGUGUGUUGGUAUCACUACAAGUUUGGACAAACCGCGCAGAAAUGUCAACCACCUUGCAGUGCCCGGAAAUUGGGAAACGCCACAACUCCCCAAUAA